AUGGCGGGCCGGGGGUGCGGCUGCAGCUGCGGCCCGGGCCACCUGAACGAGGACAACGCGCGCUUCCUGCUGCUCGCCGCGCUCAUCGUGCUCUACCUGCUGGGCGGCGCCGCCGUCUUCUCGGCGCUGGAGCUGGCGCACGAGCGCCAGGCCAAGCAGCGCUGGGAGGAGCGUCUGGCCAACUUCAGCCGCCGCCACAACCUGAGCCGCGACGAGCUGCGCGGCUUCCUCCGCCACUACGAGGAGGCCACGGAGGCCGGCAUCCGCGUGGACAGCGCCCGCCCGCGCUGGGACUUCACCGGCGCCUUCUACUUCGUGGGCACCGUCGUGUCCACCAUAGGGUUUGGGAUGACCACUCCAGCGACAGUGGGAGGAAAAAUCUUUCUGAUCUUUUAUGGCCUCAUUGGGUGCGCGAGCACCAUCCUGUUCUUCAACCUCUUCCUGGAGCGCUUGAUCACCGUCAUCGCCUACAUCAUGAAAUCGUGCCACCAGCGGCAGCUCCAGAGACGAGGGGCCCUGCCCCCCGAGAGCCUGAAGAACCCGGGCAGGUGCGAGGCGGACAGCCUGGCCGGCUGGAAGCCCUCCGUGUACUACGUCAUGCUCAUCCUGUGCGUGGCCUCCCUCCUCAUCUCCUGCUGUGCCUCGGCCAUGUACACCUCCAUCGAGGGCUGGAGCUACUUCGACUCGCUCUACUUCUGCUUUGUGGCUUUCAGCACCAUCGGCUUCGGGGACCUGGUCAGCAGCCAGCACGCCCAGUACGAUCGCCAGGGCCUCUACCGCUUCGCCAACUUCGUGUUCAUCCUCAUGGGCGUCUGCUGCAUCUACUCCUUGUUCAACGUCAUCUCCAUCCUCAUCAAGCAGUCGGUGAACUGGAUCCUGAGGAAGAUGGAAGGGGGCUGCUGCCAGCAGUGCCGGAGGAGACUUGGCCGCUCACGGAGGAACGUGGUCAUGCCAGGCAACAGCGUGCAGAACCGCUGCAACAUCUCCAUAGACACGGACGGGGUGAUGGACAGCGACACCGACGGGCGGCGACUGUCGGGGGAGAUGAUCUCCAUGAAGGACUUCCUGGCCGCCAACAAGGUCUCGCUGGCCAUCCUCCAGAAGCAGCUGUCUGAGACGGCCAACGGCGGCCCGCCGCAGGCCAGCAUGCUGUCCCGGGACAGUGAGUUCUCGGGCGGGGUGGGGGCCUUUGCCAUCAUGAACAACAGGCUGGCCGAGACCAGCGGGGACAGGUAGGAGUGAGGAGUGGACACCGGGAGGGUGGGCGACGACGUCGAUGACCAGGGGAUGGGCAUCCAGCUCAGCUCCGCACCGCCCGGCUUGCUCUGGAGCUGCCCCCGUCACCCUAUGCAGGCCCCGCCGUACAGAGCUCUCCUCCUCCCACUCACGGCCACCUGCCGGGGCUGCAGGACCCAGGCCCAGGCCUCUCUCCUCCUCUUGACUCUCUGAGGUCACAGUCAGUCUCAAGAAUGAACGACAAAAACAGCCUGAGACACUGGCAUGUUCCUUUACGCAUCUUCCUCCAGGGAGGGAGGGGGAUUAAGUAGGCUGCUCUGUUCUUCAUUUGGAAAUAAAAAUCCCCAAGGAAGAUCCUCCGGUACCUCCGGAGCCCUGAUUCAGUGAAUGCAGAUUCACUGGUCUUCCCACCGCCUUCAAAAAAGCCGGGGUGGGGGGUGUUUCAGAUGUGUCUGGGCCCCGGACUUCCUUCGGAACGGAUUUGCCCACGGUCCACGGAGAGGGAAGUCACCUGUUCUACCCUCCGUGUCUGCUUCUCUGCUUUUUGUUUUUCCUUUCUCUUAUUUUUAAGAUCCUAAUGCUGGGCUAACGUGUCCGUGGGACAUCCAUGUGCUAAGAAAACUAAAUUCAGCUUCAAGCCUUGAAACUGCAGCUGAGUAGUGGAGACACUCACUUUUGUAAUGAAAGAACAUAGCUUAACAUUCUCCCUUUGAAUGGUCACAGAGACCAUGUCAUUUUUUUUUUUAAACCAGGGCUUGGGGCCCAUUGCAAAGAUAAUGGCUAUUUAUUAGAACUGAA